CUCUCUUAGCUAAUCGAUCUCUCUACCAUAAAACCCAAAACAGGGCCCUCUCUCUCUCUCUCUCUCUCUCUGUGAGUCUCUGUCUGUGUCAUAUGUGUAUGGACUCUCAAGUCUCUACUACUACUGAACCUUCCACUGCAGCUAUAGCACCCCUGUUAGAUACAUAGUUCCUCCCUUUCAUUAACUUUUCCUUCAAUCCUUGUUCCCAAAAAGACUGAGUUCCUUUCUCAUUUCUAGCAUUCUCUCUCUGAUCGAGUACUACCUGCGCUCACCCCCAGCCAGUUUUCUAUGUUUUAAGAUUUUAGAUUGAUCUUCUUAUAUAUCUAUCUAGUACUACUUUUAUAAAGCCUAUCUCCGGCCUCUUCAUCCAUCACUUUCUAAAACCCCAGUGCAGUGCAAAUCAUAAGGCACUCAUUACCACCUUAUAAUCACCACAGUUACCGUUUAUUCAGUUCUUCAUCCUCAUGAUGUACCUGAGCUCGAACUCAAACCAUAUAAUGAGAACUACUUCUUCACCUUUGCCUGAUCUCUCUUUACAGAUCAGCCCACCGUCAGAUCACUACGAGACGGCUUUAGCAAGAAAAGCACUUAACGGUGAUAGGAGCUCAACCACCGACUCCGCUAGCAGUGGGAGUGAUUUGAGUCAUGAAAAUGCUCUCUACCACUUAGAUCACAGGACUAGUUAUAAUCCCGCUUCCGCUGAGCCCGAGCCAAAUUUGAGUUUAGGUCUUGAAAUGAAGGAUAUCAUUAGUAAUAGUACUAGUUCAACACCUCUACUGCCAAGAAACUUCAACCAUCAUCACCAUCACCAUCCUCAAAUCUACGGCCGACAGUUCAAAAGAAGCGCCAGAACAGUCGGGAAUGUGAAAAGAAGCGUCAGAGCUCCGAGGAUGCGGUGGACUACCACCCUUCAUGCCCAUUUCGUUCAUGCAGUUCAGCUUCUCGGCGGUCAUGAAAGAGCAACGCCAAAGUCGGUGCUGGAGUUGAUGAAUGUGAAGGAUCUAACUCUUGCUCACGUGAAGAGUCAUUUGCAGAUGUAUAGAACAGUGAAGAGCACAGACCACAAAGGAAUAGGUCAUGAAGGGCAGCAGAUAUAUAAUAUUGGUUUGGACCAAAAUCCAGGAAAUAAUAAUGUUCAAGUAAAUGGAUCAGUACUACUCUGUGAUUCUGAGAAAGCUAUGGAUUCACGUCCAGCUCUGCUUCUGCAAAAUCCCAGCAGAGAAUCAUGGAAUUCUACAAGCGAGACAAAUGGCAGCUGCAAACCAAGUCAUGGAGAUUUUUUGACGUAUUCUCAUUCCUCAUCCUCAAAUGGUACCAAGGUGGGGGAAGAGGAUUCGGGAUCAGGCCGCCGGUUGGAUUGUAGCUCGUUGUCAUCUUCGGAUCAUAUGUAUCUUAACCUAGAGUUCACGCUUGGAAGGCCAAGUGGCGAAUGGUCAAUGCUCAACACCCUCAAUCUUCAAAUGACUUGAUUAAUUAACCUUCCCUAUCUAGUAGCUAGCUUGCUUUAGCUAAUCCUCGAUAAGUUACGUUCUAGAUCAAGUGUCCAUUAAUUAAACUUGACUAGCUAGAAGUAAUAUAUGUUCCUCUUUUGAUCGAUCGCUA